CAUAUAUAUACAUAUUCAAAGCUAGAGAGCUUCCAGCAAAGCAGAGCAGGCGCCGCAAUUAGUUAACAAGAGGAUCAUGCUCAGCUCUCUGGACGCGCUGGCUGGCAAAAUAGCCAAAGCGACGCCGGGCACCGGUGCCGUGACGGCCAAUGCCACAGGCAAUAAGCCAACAAAUAAUGCACACCAUCCGGCGCAUCAGCAUCAUCAUGGUACACGGCACCAGCUGGACUAUGACUAUUCAGCUGUUGAGAUCGAACCACCUGCCGAACAAUUGGCCAAUUCGCCGCGCAGCGAACGUGAAAGAUUGCAGCAGGCGCAGCAUGCUUACGAACAGCAGGCGCAAGCUGAGCUCGAAUUCGGCUUGGCCGAUGUGGAUACGAAAAGCUGUUUAACACUGUUAACGCAUCGACGUAGCAGCCAGAAUAUGCACCUGCUCAAUCAUAAUGCACAGGCGGGCAAAUCGAGUAACGGUCAUGGGCCUGUCAGACAUCAGCAACAUCAUUAUCAUCAUCCCUAUCAGCGACCGUUGCGGCCAGUCUCACCUGCGGUGCAGCAGCAACAGCAGCAGCAACAACAACAGCAGCAGCAGCAGCAGCAACAACAACAACAACAACAACAAGCACAGCAACAUAGUCCGCAGACGCAGCAACAGCAGCAAUCGCCAUAUCAGCAGCAAUUAUCACAUUUGGCCGCGCUGCAGGAUCAUCAUCAUCAGGAACUGCUGCAAUCACAGCAGGAACUGUUCCACAAACAGCUGAUCAACUUGCAACAGCAACAGGAAAGAGAACGUCAGGCUGCCGUUAAUUAUAAUGAUAGCUGCAACAGCGACCACGACUCACAGCAUGAAUUCAAAAUUUGCCUGAGGGAUAGUGCAUUUGGUAUGAGCGAUAAGAGCAGCAGCGCCACCAAUAGUCUACCGAAUAGUCCUAUACAUAGCAACAAUAACAAUUCGUCGCUGCUCAACAACAACAACAGCAGCAGCAACAACAACGCCAACUUAGUGGGCAGCAAUAACUCGCUAGCAGGCACCCCAUUUGGUAACGGCAAUAACAACAACAAUACCAACAACAACAACAACAGCAGCAGUAACAACAACAUCAUGUCUAGCAGUUUGAUGAACAACAACAACAAUUCGUGCAGCGCUAAUCGCAAUGUUGUUGUUAGCAUGGAUGACGAUUCAUGCUACCGCCUGGAUCCAGACACAGCCGUUGUCACCUACGGCGAAAAGGAGCCCGACCCCGAUAACAUUAAGAUGUUUGUGGGCCAGGUGCCCAAAUCGAUGGACGAGGCGCAGUUACGCGAAAUGUUUGAGGAAUAUGGCCCAGUGCACUCGAUAAAUGUGCUGCGUGACAAGGCCACAGGCAUAAGCAAAGGCUGCUGCUUUGUGACAUUUUAUACGCGUCGCGCCGCACUGAAAGCUCAGGACGCACUGCACAAUGUGAAAACGCUGAGUGGGAUGUAUCAUCCCAUACAGAUGAAACCCGCCGAUAGUGAAAAUCGAAAUGAACGUAAACUGUUUAUUGGCAUGCUAAAUAAGAAGCUGAACGAAAACGACGUACGUAAGUUAUUUGAAGUUCACGGCGCCAUCGAAGAGUGCACAGUGCUGCGCGAUCAGAACGGCCAGAGCAAGGGUUGUGCCUUUGUCACAUUCGCGACCAAACACGCUGCCAUUUCAGCCAUUAAAGUGACCUUGAGUCAGAACAAAAUCAUGGAGGGCUGCACAUCGCCGCUGGUUGUUAAAUUUGCCGAUACCCAAAAGGAGAAGGAACAGAAGAAGAUACAGCAAAUACAGGCGAAUCUAUGGAAUCUGGCGACCAAUAUUAAUAUACCACUCGGCCAGACGCCAACCACAGUUUCCACACCGAUACUGCCAAACCCACCGCAACAACCGUCGCCGGUAAUGGGCGCCGAUGCUCUGACGCCCGCCAGCAUUCAGUUGCUGCAGCAGCUGCAAACAGUUGGACUGCAGCAACAGCUGCUGCAAGCACUGACAGGCCUGGGUGCCGCUCAGCAAAAUAAUUCAUCGCAAGACACAACGAACGCCGCUGCUGGUCUAUUGAAUCCGCUUUCUGUACAGAACUUGGCAGCCAUUGCCGCCAUGACGCAACCGAGUUUGACCAAUGCGGCAACUUCGCCAGGCAGCGCACAGUUGACAAACACAGCGGCACUUUUAUCAGCUCUGAUACGAAAAAAGGCGGCUGCUAAAACAACAGGGUCUGAUCCAAAUCCAUUGGCAUCGGCGUAUAUGUCAACAGCCGCUGGUUUACCGCAAUUUGGAAACACCACCGCACUGUCCACCUCACCGUUAGCCAGCGUUGCGCUGAGCGCCGCUGCGGCCGCUGCUGCGGGCAAGCAGAUUGAAGGUCCUGAAGGCUGCAAUCUGUUUAUCUAUCACUUGCCACAGGAGUUUACCGACACCGAUUUGGCUUCAACUUUCUUGCCAUUUGGGAACGUUAUCUCGGCAAAGGUGUUCAUUGAUAAGCAGACGAGUCUCUCGAAAUGUUUCGGUUUCGUUUCCUUCGAUAAUCCGGAGUCGGCACAGAUGGCCAUUAAGUCAAUGAACGGCUUUCAGGUGGGCACGAAGCGUUUGAAGGUGCAAUUGAAGAAGCCCAAGGAUGCAUCCAAACCGUACUAGGACGAAGAAAAGCGGGAGCGCUUCAAUGAGAACAGAGAGGAAGAUUAGAAAGAGAGAGUGUGGGAGAGUAAUAGAAAAACUAAAAUGGAGAAGAAUCCAGCUGCAGGAACCAACUUAACAAACUUAUACUAACAACAACAACUAUAGAUAAAAGAGCAACAAUAAGAAAUGUUUACCCUUGAAAAAAUAUACCAGCUCGAACUAAAUUGUCAAAUGGAGUAGUCCAAUGAAGAGUUACCCGUGUGGAGCGCGCGCGUUUAAAGUAAUCAACAAAGUCAAGAACCCUACGUUAAUCUAAGUAAACGUUUCUUCGAGUUGCCCUAGAAUAUGUCUAAUUUCAACCAAAUUAUUUCGAAGGCCAAGUAAAGUGAUGCUGCUAACGAGUCAAAAGUUGUUUGCCGUCGUUCUGUAUAGCACUUUGGUCCCAUUUAUAUUGUACAUACUAUGCUGCCCAUCAAAUUGCUGUCAUACAUAGAAAUUCGCAACAAGUGUAAAUUUUUAUAGCCUUGUAUACAUAAACUGUUUGUAAAAAAAAAACAAAAACAAAAAACAAAAAAAAACACAAAGUAUCACACACACACACACAAAAACGACAAAAAAAAAAGUUGAACAAUGAGCAUGAAAAACACAUUUAGACAACACCUUAUAUAGAGGAUAAUUGUAAGAUAGCGCAGCAUUAUGCCAUUUUAAUAAAGCUUGCAAAGCAAAAACUUUUA